AUGGCGUUCCGGGGCGUGCUGCUGCAGCUGGCCGAGGCCGAGAGCGAGGCGGGCUUCCGCGUGGUGGCCCCCGACGCGGCUCUGACGCUGCCGCCGCGGCCGGCGCCCGCGCGCGAGUCGUUCCUGACCAAGUGGAGCCAGCAGAAGCUCGUGGUGGCCGAUGCCGUCAGUGGGGGAUUGCUGCAGGUGACGCGCCUGGCCACGGUGGCGUUGCAGCCGCAGGAGCAGUCGGUGCUGUGGGGCGUCACGGUCCCGUUCCCGCCGCCCGAGGCCCGAACGGUGGGCGCCGCGCCCCUGGACAGCUACGCGGAUGCGGCGCCGGCCGUCAAGAAGACGCACGUGCUGACGGCCGCGGCCAGCCGCAAGGACUCGGCGGCGGCGCACAAGGACGCGUCGUCGUCGCUGGCCGCGGCCGUGGCCUCGCCCAGUCUCAUUGCGCGGGCCGACGCGCCGCCGGGCCACACGCUGCUGCGACCCCACGCAGGGUCCGCGCCGCCCGCGCGCCUGUGCUACUGCUUCCACUUCCGCUCGAGCUUCGAGUACGAGCUGUUCGCGCGCGCAGUGGCCGCGUUCACGCGCAUGCAACGGUACGCGCUGCUGCAGAGCUCUGUGGUGAUGGAGAUGGAGAUCAGCCAGGAGUAUAAGAAGAGCAAGGCGCUGGACGGCGUGCGGGUGCAGGCCGCGGCCGUCAAGGCCAAGAAGCGGCAGGAGAGGAUUGAGCUCCUGAAGGCCAAGCGGGAGGAGAAGAAGCCCGCGCAGGCGAAACCACAACUGCAGAUUCAGACGCAGACGCAAGCCAAGAAGAAGGCCAAAGCCAAGGUCACGGUCGCCACGCCGCCCAGCAAGAUGCUGUGCGUCUUGUGCCGCAUCCAGAGGAAGCCUGACGCGCCAGAGUACCCGAAGCACCCGUUCGUACUCAAGGUUGGUGAUGACGGCAAGGGCGAGGUGGUCCAUAUCUGCAAGGUUUGUUUGCAGCGGGUCCUGACGCAGCGACUACAGUCGCCGCCGGUCGCUAAGGGCAGUCGCGACAACUUCUGUGGGCUGUGCGCCCGGUCGACAGACAAGAUGACAGCCAAGUCGAUCAAGGCGUGCGCGCACAACAUUUGCACGCGCGUGUAUUGCAUGCCCUGCAUCGACAAGCUCAUCGGCAAGGCGCAGGCACACAAGGUGUGGCGGACGAAGAACUGGUUGUGCCCGAACUGCUCAACAGAUGAUGAUGAUGAAGUCGCUGCUGGCGAAGAAGUAACCAGCGCCGAUGCUGUGCCGGCGGAGGCUGUUUCGACUGCACCGGCCCCCAAGCAGAAGAAGCGGAAGCGGCGUAACGAAAUUGAGGAGAGCACCGCAGAUGAAGACGGCCCAGAACCGCCGAUGCAAGUCAACUCCGAGCCAGCGAUGAAACCGCUUGACUACGUGGUGACAUAUUUCAAGUUCUUGUUGAAGCGCGAGGUGAAGGACGAGUUCAAGGAGUCGGAGGAUGUGUGCUUCUGCUGCAAGGACGGUGGAGAUGUGAUCGAAUGUGACUGGAAGGGGAUGAACGGAGCCUUUGCGCGCUGCCCGAAAGUGUACCACGAAGACUGCUUGGGAUACGAAGUACCAGAGGGCAAGACGUGGGUGUGCCCGCGCCAUCGCUGCCAGGACUGCGGCAUCAUUGCUCUGUAUUCGUGUCGAUUUUGCGUCACGUCGUUCUGCGAGGACCAUUUGCCAAAGGAUGUUAGAAAGCUUGGCUUAGCAACGAAAGACAUCCCCACGUCGACUUAUGUUAUGUGUCCGAGGUGCAGCGAGCAGGCGCAAGAUGCUUUCAAGCAAAAGAAGAUUGGGUCCGAUCUUCACUCCAAGCUCCUCCGUCGACGUGCCGGCAAGCAUUGA